AUGCUUCUGUCCUCCGGAUGGCCAGUCUUGCUAUGGAUGGCCACCGUACUGCUGGGCUUGUUAGCCCCAGUGACGAUGGCCGCUGAUAUCAAGACAUCGAACACCUUCAAAGUCCUUACUGACUCUGACAAUAUGGGAGGAAGCUGCGACUCCAGGACGACUCAGGUCGAUGCUAUGGUUCCUGAAAUUCAGGCUUUGAUCACGGCGGCGACCGACGCAAUCGACACCCUCCUAACAACACCAACGUUUAGUUCAUUGGCGAUUCCGUCGAAGAAGAAAAAUAGAGAACGCCUUCUUCUGCUGGCGAAGCAGUUCUUCGGUAUAAAAUUCAACAGGUAUCUCAAAGUUACAUCAGGCGAGGGAACGCUGCAAACUGUCAAGGGGAGAUUCAAUCAAAUCACGGCUCAAAUUAAUGCCAAGGACCAGAAAUGGCGAUUUGGCUGUGACGACUCAUGGGUCGAGUACACUGAAACGUUGAAGUCGGAGUAUGCAGGCAUGCCAUCAGGCACUCCGAUCACGGACGUCCCUGGACUUGGAGGCAUAACCAGGAGUUGGGCAUUCUUUGACAAAGGAGGUCCGACGUUGAGACCUGAAAAGAGCGACAGUGACGAUGCCACUCAAAUGACUUGGUACAUGUCCCAAGACAGAGGAUGGCUUGCCGGAGGUCCAUGCACCGGCAUUAAAAAGGACGCCCCAGUAGUUUACCCAGAUGCUCAGACUCUCCAAGACCAGCAGAUUAUUUACUUCUGCCCUCGUCUCUGGGAUGACAUAGGCACGCGACUCAAGGACGAUGUCAGGAACUAUAAGACUACCACCAUCGCAACCGAUGGGACGCAGUAUCUUGAUCGUUAUAUGACCCCCGGGGCUACUCUGCUUCAUGAGAUGACCCAUCAGAUAUUUAGUUCAGCGGAUGGACCACCAGUUGGUCUUGGGUAUUUCUUCGUGAGCGUGGCCCAAGGGGAGAGUAAGCCCGAUCAGGCAGCCAUGAACGCAGAUAGUUAUCCCUACUUUGCCGUGGCGGCAUAUCUUUCUCAGGUGCGAUGGCACACUGGCAUUGCGACGACGGAGUAG